AUGUCGUUUAUUCACAAGAUGAUAGACCGAGCAACACGGCAUAAUACUACAACCGAAGAAAAACCUCAACGUCGGUCGCUGUUUGGGUUUGGUGGUACAAGUCGAAACAGCAGUGCCGCUAUUGACAAACAAGAUUUGCAGCAACAACAGCCUAAACUCAACAAGUCUUCCUCAACCGCUACAACAAACUCAAUGUGCACUACAACAGAAAAGAAACCAUCGCUCACGUCAAACACAACAGCUGGGACAUGCAUUGCAGCGAAUGAGGAUGGUAAGGAAGCAGAUCCACAAGAAGCAGAAAGAGAGCGCCUACAACGACGAUAUACAAAUUACGACCAUGCGAUAUUGGAGCAGCGUAAAAACCGACCCAAACUAAAGCUGGAUGAUUUCCACUUGUUGCGCACAUUGGGCACUGGUUCAUUUGGCAGGGUUCAUUUAGCACAAUCCCGACAUAAUGGCAGAUACUAUGCCAUCAAAGUGCUGAAAAAGGCAGAAGUGGUUCGAUUAAAGCAAGUGGAGCAUACCAAUUCCGAAAAGUCUAUAUUGGAAUCUGCAGCAAAUCCAUUCAUGGUCAAUUUAUGGGGAACGUUUCAAGAUGAUAUCAAUUUAUAUAUGGUCAUGGAUUAUGUUCCAGGCGGCGAGUUGUUUAGUAUAUUACGAAAGAAUCAGAGAUUCCCUGAUCAUGUUGCUAAAUUUUAUGCGGCAGAGGUCCUUUUAGCAAUUGAGUACUUUCACUCCAAAGACAUUAUCUAUCGUGACCUCAAGCCCGAGAACCUAUUACUGGACUCUCAAGGUCAUAUCAAAAUCACAGACUUUGGCUUUGCAAAGCAUGUCCCUGACAUCACAUGGACGCUGUGCGGCACACCAGACUACUUGGCACCUGAAGUGAUUCAAUCCAAAGGCUACGGCAUGGCGGUCGACUGGUGGAGUCUAGGUAUCCUCAUAUUUGAAAUGUUGGCCGGCCAUCCUCCUUUUUACGAUGACGAUCACUUAAAAUUAUAUGAAAAAAUCUUGCAUGGAAAGAUCAAAUGGCCGGCAUAUUUCGAUCCACAUGCCAAAGACUUAUUGAAACGACUAUUAACACCGGAUUUAUCACGUCGAUAUGGUAAUUUAAAGGGAGGAGCCAACGACAUAAAGAACCACAAAUGGUUCAGUGGAGUGGAUUUUGUGCGUGUGGCAAAUCGUCAGGUACGAUCACCUUAUGUGCCAAAUAUCAGAGGAGAAGGAGAUGCGUCGCAUUUUGAUAGAUAUCCAGAGACAAGUGAGAAAUACGGCAUGCCAGGCCCAGAUCCAUAUCAUGACAAAUUCAGCGAAUUCUAG